AAUUUAAAAGGUUCUUUCGAUUCGUGCGAUAGAAAUUUGAUUAAAGCUAAAGAAUCUGUUGUUGCAAAGCUUUCUUUUAGGAAAAUCAAGUGAGAUCGUUAUUUCAUAGAACUGUUUCGUAAGUUUGGUUUAGUGAUAAACAUCUGGUAAGGUUUAGUAAUAAGAUGUUUUGUGACAAUGAAUCACAAUUAUGAUAGUUUGUGUUCAUACAGUAUUAUGGAACAAAGUCUUGGUGAAACGCCUCAGCAACGAGUUUUAGCUAUAAGUAAUAAGGCUAGUCAAAUAAGCAUUGACAACACGAUCCCAGUCAGGCGCUACUUGAGGACGUUAAAAGAAAUGUCUCGCAUGGCGUCAGAAUACGAUAAGGAAAAAGACUACUAUAGUGCCUUUGUACUUUACAACAAAUUUUUAACUCUAUUUAUCGAAAAGCUACCAAAGCAUAGUCAAUUUAAAUCAUUACAGCAGAAUGAUAUUGAAAAUCUUAAAGAUUUGACUAAAGUUUGUUUGACUAAGGCGGAAGUUGUCAAAAAAACUUUGAUAAAAAUUUAUGAAAAAGAAUAUGCAAAAAAGAAAGUAGAAUUAAUCGCAAAAUUAAAGGCAGAUGAAGAGGCGAAAAGACAAGAAGAAAAGGCUCGCCAAGAACAAGAAGAAAAGGUUCUAGAACUUCAGAGGAAAGCUGAAGCUGCCAGUAAUGAAUCUGAAAGAAAAUCGGAGGAGGAACGUUUAAGGCGAUUCAAGGAAAAAGCUGAAAGAGAGAGAUUAGAGAAGGAAAGACAAAAGCAAGAAGAAAUGAAGAGGCAAGAAUUCUUAACAGAUCCAACUCCUCACUUUGAUAGGGCAUUAAAACCAGUUCAUAUUUCUUCGAAUCGCGGCAGUCAUCUCAAGCAAAUUUUUGUUCCUGGAGAUUUGGUUGAUAAAUUUGUUUCCUUAUCCAAAGAAUGUACAAAAAAAGGAAUAGAAUUUUGCUCCUUUAUUGGUGGAAAACUUAGCAAUAAUGCGUUUCAUGCAACCCACUUAAUAAUACCAAGUCAGGAAGGAACACCAGACUCUUGUGCUGCAAUAAAUGAGGAUGAAAUCUGGGAAGCCAUGAGUAGUAAAGAUCUCCUGCAGAUUGGUUGGAUUCAUACUCAUCCAACUCAAACCGCAUUUCUAAGCUCUGUAGACUUGCAUACAACUUUUCCAAAUCAGCAAAUGUUAGCUGAAUAUAUUGCAAUUGUCUGGUCUGGCAAGACAGAGAAUGCCAGAUAUUUAGCUCUUACUUCUUCGGGUAUGAAUACAGUAAGGCAAUGCACAAAAGCGGGCUUCCACGAACAUCCCGGAAGUGAUCCUCUAUUCGAAGAUUGCCAGCAUAUUGUUGUAAAUAAUAAGUUGUCAGUUCAAAUUAUAGACUUGAGUUAA